AUGGCUUCUCUUGUCCGCAAAAACCUGCGCUCAGCGCUUCGCUACGCCUCUUCAUCCUCCGCGCCCGUUGCUUCCAGCAGCAAAGUUCAACUGACCCCAACUCUCGCUCGAUACAACUCCACAUCUUCAACUCCUUCCUCAUCGGAACCCACACCUUCUGAAGAACCCUCGUCAAAUGGCCCAACUUCAGUCAAAUAUAGCUACUUCGUCCCUCGUGUCGGAAAAACCCUCGACUCCUUCCCCGUCUACACCGACAUUCGCAAUGGCGGCACUCGCACAAUCACCGAGUUGCGCAAAAUCCAAGGUUCAAUCGAAGACCUCAAAACAGACCUCUCCGUUUUUCUCGCUGAAACAUACGCCACUGCAGAUCCAGAACUCAACAAUGUUGAAUCGCCGUUGAAGGUGAACAAGAAGCCUUUGAGACCUAGAGCAGGGAGGAAAUUGGUGGAGAAGACUGGAAACCCUACUUAUAUGGAUCCCGUUCAAACAGGAAAAGUGCAGGAGAGCGGAAAGUUGAAGAUCCGAGGGAACAGGGUUGAGGAAGUGAAGGCUUUUUUGAAGUCUAGAGGGUUCUAG